AGGUAACUUACGUUAUGCCCAUUACAAAGGAACAUCUAUCCAGUUCUAUAACAAGUGGACUAUAUCUCCCCGCAUAGUUCAUAAAGCCUCACAUUAGAUAAGAAUCGAAAUGAACCAUGGCUGCCUAAUUUCCGGUUCUACUGGUUACAAUAAUCUCAUCCCCGUUAAGGAUAACUUGAAAAAGGAAAAGAACCAGUUGAAGCCCAUUCCUACAAAGACAAACCAAGUCAAGUUUUUCACCACCCUGGCUCCUCCUCUUGCUGCUGCAUUCCUGCUUUUUUCUCCAAUUUGCGUCACUCCAGUUUCAAGUGCCCAAACCCUAGAUAUCCUAAGAGGAGCCUCAUUGUUCCGUCAAACAUGUAUUGGAUGUCACGAUGCAGGUGGAAACAUUAUACAACCAGGAUCAACUCUAUACACAAAGGAUUUACAAAGAAAUGGAGUUGAUACAGAAGAAGAAAUCUACCGCGUCACAUACUAUGGCAAAGGAAGAAUGCCGGGAUUUGGUAAAGAAUGCAUGCCUCGAGGGCAGUGUACAUUUGGAGCUCGUUUGGAAGAUGAAGACAUCAAGAUAUUGGCUGAGUUUGUCAAGUUGCAAGCUGAUAAAGGGUGGCCAAGUGUAGAAACCGAAGAAAAAUGAUUUAGCAAUUGAAAUUUCUCCUCCAUCCUGUCCUAAUUAAUUGGUACAGAGUCAUUCAUUUAAUCGAUUUAUGUACAUUAGUGUUUUUAUAGGUUUUGGAAUUUUCUUAUAACAAUUUUUGUGGUGUGUCACAAUAAUUAAAUAGAUAAAAUAACUCAUUUGAAGUGAUUAAAGUGAAAA